GCGGUUCGAGAGCGAGCGGGAGCGGCGUUUGCGCGCGUCGCGACGCGGCGCUUGCGGCCGGCCUUUAAGGUCGGUGGAAGCGAGCGACGGCAGAAUCGCGCGAGCCACAGUGCCAUUCGGACACGCGGACAGUCUUUCUCGUCGCGGCGGAGGAUCGGUCGCGCCGUGUACCAGUCGUACAACGCAGCCCUCUUCUCUCUCUCUCUCGUCUCGUCUGUAUAUCGCGUAUACCUUUCGGCCUCCCCCGUCCCCUUUCUCUCCCCGUCCAACGACAUUUCCACGAUCGACCGUGUUUUAUUCGUCUCUCCCUUUCUUUCCCCUUCGUCUCGUUAUCCGAGUGUUUGUGCGCGCGGUGCUGGUGGAGGAAGAGGAGGAGGAGGAGGAGGAGGAGGACAUUGACGAAUCGAACACUCUCCCCCCCCUCGAUAGCAACGAACCGAAAAUUCCGCCAACGUUUCAACUCGAGGAGUGACACGCUCGUCGCGCAACACCGUGUCCUCUCUCUGCUCUCUGUGGCCUUGUUUGUUUGUUGUUCAUCGUUGUUGGUGUAGAAGAGUGUAGAGGAAGAAGAGGAAGAGGAGGAGGAGGAGGAGGAGGAGGACUGUUGCAUUUAUCGGUUGUUCGCGCCCGUUGAUCGGUCUUGUUGCGUUUCUUUGUUCCGUUUCCUGUUCUUUUUUUUUUUGUUUCUUUUCGCCUUCGAGGUGAAACAGUGAAACGGACAUCGUUCGGGGAACGAGAAAAAAAGAAAGAAAGAAAGGAAGGAAGGAAGGAAGGAAGGAAGGUGUGAUCUGUUGUGAUCCGUUCGAGGACGAGGACGCUGGACUCGGGUGGAUCUUGGGGUGUCUUGUGCGGUGGGGAGCUUCUUCGAUUUCUGCCAGCCUCGUCCCGUCCACCUCUGCUUCCUGUAGCCAGGUUGACCUACCACGCCAAGACGCCACACCGCAUACCCCACAUCCACAUGGUGCAGACAGGCAUGGCUGCGCCCUAUGGUGGGGGUGUCUUCCCCCCGCCGGUGAACGGCGUAGCGGGUGUCGUGGGGGCGGCAGGGGCUGCCGGUGAGGUGAAACCACCACCCCCGGUGCCGGUGAAAGAGGACAACAGCGGCGCACCCCAACAGCCACCACCCAGCGGCCCCCAGGUCCCACCGCCGGCUGGUGCCCCACAUCCAACCGCCCCCGGUGCCCCGACCGCGGCCAGCUUCAGCCCGCCCCCGCCUCCGAACGGCGUCGAUCAACAGGCUAUUUCGGAGGUGUUUCAGGCAGCAGUGGCGGCCGCGGCAGCAGCGGCCGCGGGAGGCGGUGGCCAGCAACCCGCCCCCACACCCGCCGGCAACGAGAGCAACCCCGAGGGCGCCGUCGAGGGCAGCGCCCUGGUACCUGUCACUUCAGGUGCAACCACACCUGCCACCGCAACACAGGGUACAGACCUGAAAGGUCAACCGAAACGCCUUCACGUCAGCAAUAUACCUUUCCGCUUCCGAGACCCUGAUCUCAGGGCAAUGUUUGGGCAAUUCGGGCCGAUCCUCGACGUGGAAAUCAUAUUUAACGAAAGAGGAAGCAAGGGAUUCGGUUUUGUAACAUUCGCAAAUAGUGCUGACGCGGACCGGGCACGUGAGAGGCUACACGGCACCGUGGUUGAGGGCAGAAAGAUUGAGGUGAACAACGCGACAGCGAGGGUGCAGACGAAAAAACCACCGACGGUACCCAACGUAUGCGUACAAUGGCCAGAGGCCGCGGCACUGAGAGGAGUCGCCAUCCAAAGGGGACGAGUGGGCGCUGCGAGGGCGGCUUUCCCGACUAGUGCAGCGGCAUUGGCCCUCGCGAGGAACCCGGGGCCACUCGCAGCUGCGGCUGCGGCUACGGCCCUGCAUCCCUUCGCACCUGCCGUUUAUUACGACCCGUUCCUAGCAGCACAUGCGGCGACACAGGAUCCCAACUACAGGCUACAGCUGGAAUGGCCUCAAGCAACAGCUGACGCCGCGGCAGCAGCAGCUGCAGCGUCACCAUUGCUGAAGACGCCCCUCUCGACGGCGCAGCAGGCCACCUACGCAGCUGCAGCGACCUACACGGCAGUGGCUGCGCGCGCAUACAGCGCAGCUGCAGCUGCGGCACAACCGGUCGCAGGAUAUGCCGCAGUCGCGGGUUAUGGGCGUGAAUACGCUGAUCCCUAUCUUGGACAUGGUAUUGGACCAGUAGCCGGAUAUGGGGCGACCGUGUACAGGGGCGGCUACAACAGGUUCACGCCAUAUUAAAAAUGGUCAAAUAUCGAAGCGCGAGCCUUCCAAGUACACCGUCGUUGUACUCAGCUGAAUGUGACCAGAACAAACAGAAAUCGACACAAUCAUCAUCGUCAUCCGCCAUCGAUCACGAUCACCCCACGAAGCGAUGCCUGGAUCCUCCGCGCAUGCUGACGCUAGCCUUCUUCGUAGCAGUACGAGAUCGUCGACUUUGCCUCUCAUCCACGCGGAAAAGAAGCAAAAUUUUCCCUAAAAGGAAACAUCCAGCCAUCGUGGACGAAGCUCCAAUCAAGUCCAAGUUACCAAGGUGUCGACUAAUCACGAAGAACUACCAUUCAGAAGCAAAGAAAUUGGAAGAAGGAAAUGGAUACAGGCCGCGCACGGUUCCAGGAUCUUCGAGAGGAAGAGAAGAAAAAUUGGCGAAUUAUUGUGGAUGAGAGUAAU